UACAUAAUGUCGACUGAUUGUGGUUCGUAAACACGUGCUUCGGUUUUCAAUGCUUUUGUACAUUUAAAAAAUUAUACUAUAAUAAUAGUAACAACACUACGAACUUCUUCUGAGGACUGAGUACCGACUACCGAUUGUUAAAGUGAUUGCCAGUCACAAAUACACAAUUUUAAAUUCCAAGUUGGUUUUUUCUCCAGUUUGAUAUAAAAAUAAUAAAAAUUAACGAGUGAUAAAUUUAAUACGCGUUUCUAAAUUAAUAAUAAGGAACAGUGUAUUUAAAAAAAAAACAUCUACAUGCAUUGCACGCUGAUUUUAUUGUCAAGCUACUGAAAUUAUAUUCUUCCAAUAUGUAUCGUCCAAAUGGUCAAUCAACUUACUCACCAAAUGGGCCUAAUCAACAAUCACAGUCAUAUCACUCUCCUAGAUCUUUUCAGCAGCAACAGUUUGGUCCACGAUUUCAAUCACCUCCACAACAGUUUACACCACCAGGAUCUUUUUAUCAACCUUCCCGACAACAUCAUGACCAUUCAAUACCUGCAUACCAAGUUCCUAAUACUGCAUUACCUCCGCCUUUUUAUCAACCUCCAGGCCAAAAUCACUUACCAAUUCAACAUCCACCUCAGUCUGCUGGUCCUUGUUUCAACCAACUAUCAGUACCCUCAUAUAGAACACCUGGACCAACAUAUAUACCUCCUAUCCAAAAUUUUAAUCAACCUCCUCCUAUUCAAAAUUAUAAUAAUUGCCCUCCAAUUCAAAACUACAACCAACCUCCUCCAAUCCAAAAUUUUAACCAUUCAAUUACACCUCCCCCAUUUCAGCCUGUACAUUUAAAUUGCAAUCAACCAGUCGGCUCUUCAUACCAGUCUCCAAGUCCUGGUAUUAGCACAACAUCAAAUAAUUCAUAUCACCCUCAAGUACAGAAUCCUGAAUCGUUGAAACAACCAUACAAUUUACCAGCAGAUCAAUGUUAUCAACAACAGCAGCCUUCAUUUAAUUUACCUAGACAUGAAUUCAACCAAAGGCCUUCAUUUAGGCCUCCAGGACAACAAAGAUUUCCUUUUAACAAACAAAAUCCAAGAUUUCAACAAUCGCAACAUGGUAAUAGAUUUCAAUUUCAACCUAGACAGCAAUAUCAAAAUUAUCGCCCUAGAGUAGGACCUCCUCCUAGUUUCAAUAACCAGAGUAAAGGAAAUUUCGUACCUAAAAAAGAUAAAAAUCAAGUGGCAUGCGAAUUAGGCGAUUGUGACUUUGUGGGGCAUGCUAGUGCUGUUAGAGAACAUCAAAAUAUGCAUCAUCGAUUAGGACUGCACAAAAAAGUGUUGUAUAGUAAUAACUCGGAUGCUGUUAAAAAUUGGAUUGAAGAAAGAAAAAAAAAAUGGCCAACUAAAGAAACCAUUCAAACAAAAGCUGAUGUAGAGGAUGAAAAAAAUAAAAGAGGGGAACGUAUAGCAGAUGAAGAUUUCCAUAGGUUUAAUAAAAACAAUAAAUCUAACAGUUCUGGAAAUAAACGGUUUAAUAAUAGAAAACGACCUAGGUUUAAUGGUGAAUUUACAGAACCUAUUGAAGAACCAAUGAACGGAAACUUAAAACGGUUUGCUGGAAUAGUUGGUAUCAUUAAGGAUGAACAAUUAGAAGAAAUCAAUAAACCAGUUGCUUUAAAACUAUUAGAGGAAUAUGAUCAAUCUAGUGAUAAUCAAAGCGACGACGAACCACCUGAAGAAAUGCCUAUAGUUAAAGUUAAAACAUCAGGUUCACUAGAAAAUAAAAAUGUAUUAGAACAAAAUGAGAAACCAUGUUCCACAUCAGUAAUAGAAGCUUUAAUACCAGAGAAAAAUGAAGAACCAGAUUCUACUUCAAUACCAGAGAAAAAUGAAGAACCUGGUUCUACUAAAAUAAUAGAAGCUUUAACAACAGAAAAACAAAGUUCUAUUUUAGUUACUGAAAACAAAGAAGUAGAUUCCACUUUAUUAAUUGAUCAUGACAGUGAAGUAGUUAAUACCAAUAAUACUGAUGUGAAAAUUGAUAUAUGUUCUAAAACAAACGAUAAAUGUGAGAAAACCACUAAUGAACGUGGUCAAAAGCGUAAGAACACUUCCAAAAAAGAAUCUAAACCAGUCAAAAAAAUGCCACCAAUGAAGACACCACGAACUGAAGUUGUUGAAAGGAAGGGUGCCCUAUUGGAAGCUUUGAUGGGAGAUUUAAUGCGCAGUGAACGAAACACUAUCACUCAGUGUAUUUGUUACAUCAGAAACAAUAUGAAUCGUUUUUGUAAAAUUCAAGUUUCUUAAGAAUUAACAUUUUAUUCUCGUUUGUUUUUCUAUUGAAGCAACAAACAAGAAUAAAAUAAUAUGUGUAUUAUUUGUUUUAUAUGCAAUAUUAUUAUGAAUUUAUUUGUA